AUGGGUGGUCAAAGAGAAAGAAGUACUUAUGGUAAGCGUCCUCGAUCUCAGUCUGAUUAUGACGGCGGUGGAAAUAAAAGGAGGAAUGGAGGUGAUGAUAGGGAUCAGUUUGUGAUUGAUAAAGAAGAUACUGUUUUUCGUUAUUUGUGCAUUGCGAGAAAGAUCGGUAGUAUCAUUGGUAGAGGAGGUGAGAUUGUUAAGCAAUUAAGGGUAGAAACUAAGGCUAAGAUUAGGAUUGGCGAGACUGUGCCGGGGUGUGAUGAGCGUGUUGUUACUGUUUAUAGUUCGAGUGGGGAGACUAAUGCUCUUGAUGAUGGUGGUAAGAAUGUGUCGCCUGCUGAAGAUGCUUUGUUUAAGAUUCAUGAUAGAGUGGUUGCUGAGGAUUUACACAGUGAUCAGGAGGAAGAGGGCGGUCCUCAAGUUACUGCUAGGCUGUUAGUGCCGGCCGAUCAGAUAGGCUGUGUUCUUGGAAAGGGUGGGCAGAUUGUUCAGACCAUACGCAGUGAAACUGGGGCUCAGAUUCGUAUACUUAAAGAUGAACAUAUACCUCUAUGUGCCUUGCGCUCUGAUGAGCUUGUGCAGAUUUCUGGGGAUGCCGCAGUUGUGAAAAAGGCUUUGCAUCAAAUUGCAUAUCGACUUCACCUAAACCCUUCUCGAACUCAGCAUUUGCUUGCUUCUUCUGUUCCCGGCGCAUAUCAAAGUGGUGGUUCAUUCUUGGGUCCAACUGCAGGACCUCCGAUUGUGGGGAUCGCUCCUCUUGCUGGUUCCUAUGGGGGAUAUAAAGGUGACACUGGUGACUGGCCACGGUCUAUGUACUCGGCACCUAGGGAUGAAAUGUCACCCAUGGAAUUUUCAAUUCGAUUGGUUUGUCCAACUGGAAACCUUGGGGGCGUAAUAGGGAAAGGCGGUGGCAUAAUAAAUCAAAUAAGGCAGGAAUCUGGAGCAACAAUCAAAGUUGAUAGUUCUGCCAAAGGAGAUGAAUGCUUAAUAACCAUUGCAACAAAAGAGUUCUUUGAAGAAAAUUUCUCUCCAACAAUAGAAGCAGCUGUGCGUUUGCAACCUCGAUGCAGUGAAAAAAAUGAAAGAGAUUCUGGAAUAAUCUCUUUCACUACCCGUCUGCUGGUAUCAUCAUCAAGAAUUGGCUGCCUUAUUGGUAAAGGAGGAUCUAUUAUAACUGAGAUGAGGAGGCUUACAAAAUCCAACAUUCGCAUACUGUCAAAGGAAAAUCUUCCUAGAAUUGCUUCCGAUGACGAUGAAAUGGUGCAGAUUUCAGGAGACCUUGAUGUUGCCAAAGAUGCUCUUGUUCACGUACUUACACGAUUGAGAGCAAACCUUUUUGAUAGAGAGGGUGCUGUCUCUGGAUUCCUCCCAGUUCUACCAUAUAUUCCUGCUCCAGCAGACUCCUCUGAUGGUCUUGGCUAUGACAGUAGGGAUGGAAGAAGAUAUGGACGCGGGCAUUCUUAUUCAAGUGGCUAUGGAGGAUCAAGCGAUUUAGGAGCUGGCGACACUUAUGGAAGCUAUGGUGGUUCACAGCUUGCUGGAAGCAGUGCUUAUGGGGACUAUGAAAGUUACUCUUUGGGACGGGAUAGUACUGUUUGGUUGCCCAGUCAGAACAAUGUUUCUAGGAGGAGAAACCCUGCUUACUAG